AUGGAGGAGAACCGCGUGGCGGAGCUGGUGAAGCUGUGCACGACCAUUGGCCAUUUGAAGCAGGUCCAUGCCCACGUCGUUGCCGGCGGCCAGUGCCAAAACAACUUCGUCAUCACGAAGCUCGUACGAAGUUUCGCAGAGUUUGGCGAUCUAUAUCAUGCAAGAGCAACUGCUGAUGCUCUCCACACCCCCAAUGUCUUCGUGUGGACAGCUCUCAUCCGAGGCUACUCUCAGUCUUUUGUUACCGGUGGUUGCGGAGAGGCUUUGCUGCUCUACACACGGAUGUGCCGAGACCCAGAAAUCAAGCCCCUCACCUUCACCAUAUCGUCGGUCUUGAAGGCUUGUGGUCGACUGUUGGCUUUCCAGGAAGGAAAGCAGAUUCACGCUCAUGCGCUUAAGCAGGGGUUCCAGCUCGAUUCUCGUGUUCAGACGACGCUCAUCGACUUCUACAGCAAGUGUAAGCAAUUGACGGAGGCGCGAACGGCCUUCGACUGGAUCGUUCGAGCAGGAGCGAAGGAUGUCCAGGCCUGGAACACGAUGAUCGCUGGUUAUGCGGAAGCCGGCGACAUGGACACCGCCCGUGCCCUGUUUGAGAUCAUGCCGGGAAGGAACACCGUCACGUGGAUCAGCAUGAUCGGUGGAUAUGCAUCGGUGAAUCAGAUGGAUUCUGCUCACCAACUUUUGCAACUGAGACCAGCUAACGGAGAGGAGGACGCGGUCGUGCACACAGCCAUGAUCACCGGCUAUGCCAAAUGCGGGGAUAUCGUAGCCGCUCGAUCAAUCUUCGACGAGAUGCGGGAACGGGAUGUUGCUUCGUGGAACGCCAUGAUCUCAGCUUACUCGCAAGCCAACCUCAACGACGAGGCAUUGGAUCUUUUUAAGGUCAUGUUGAGCACCACCGGACGAUGCAAAGUGGAACCGAACUUUGCCACCAUCGCCACCAUCGUUUCCGUCUGUGCCAGUUACGGAUCACCCAGCUUGGCAAUUUGGAUUCAGGACUACAUCGACCAUUGCGGCCGCAGGUUGUUGAACAGCCACACCGUAGCAGCACUCAUCGACCUCCAUUCGAAAUGCGGGGAUUUGGACAAGGCGUGGGAGUUGUUCCGGGGGUGGAAGCACAAGGACUUGAUCUGCUAUAGUUCGAUGAUAGGUGGCCUGGGAAUUCAUGGGCGCGCCAAAGACGGCAUGGAACUGUUCGAAGAGCUAAGAGAGGUGGGAGUGAAGCCGGAUUCCAUAUGCUUCGUCUCGGUCUUGACGGCCUGCAGUCACGCCGGGUUGGUGGACGAGGGGCGCCGAUACUUGCGGUUGAUGAGAGACGAGCACUGCAUCGCUCCAACAGCAGACCAUUACAUGUGCAUCGUGGACUUGCUUGGCCGUGCAGGAUGCAUCGACGAGGCGUACAGAUUGAUGACCGUCGACGUGCCUCCGGGUGUUCCGCUGCAUGCCGGCGUGUGGGGGGCACUUUUGAGCGCGUGCAGGACUCAUUCCAACGUCACCGUGGGGGAGGCGGCGGCGAGGUGUCUGAUGGAAUUGGAGCCUGAAAACGCAGGGAACUACGUGCUGCUCUCCAACAUAUAUGCGAAAGCUGGGAGGUGGGAGGGCGUAGCGCAGGUACGGGCACUGAUGAGGAGCAGAGGGACGAGGAAGCCGCCGGGGUGGAGUUUGGUGGAUGUGGAAGGUGGCUCGGCGAAGUUCUUGACCGGUGAGGUCUAUGACAGGAAGCUGGAUAUCGUGUUGGAUUUGUUGGAUUGGGAGCUCAAAGAUCAGGGCUACCUUAUGGUGAUUGGGGAGACAGAAUGA